AUGUCUCAAAGGGGUCAGCGAAUCACCACUGGACUCUGUGACAAAAAACUGGUCAUCAUCCUAGCAGUGGUGCUAGGGAGUUUCCGCAGAAAACGGAACGAGUCCAGGCUGAUGGAGGAACUGGGCAUUGAGUCCAAACCAACACUGCCAAACCCCUUGGGGAACGACAGGGUCAUCGUCAAACUCAAACUUCCAGGACUAGCCAGGACCCAGAACAAGUACGCCAUGAACGACACGGAUUCCAUCGCACCUUCACCUUCGCUUUAUUUUGGGCAGUAG